UUUAUUUUGUUCUACGGCGAAUAAAAUUAAUUAGCCUGUAGACAUACACAUCCAUAAAAGAUUUUGGAAAUAUUUGAAAAUAAAGAAAAUUUUAAAGAAACAAAAAGUAUAUUUAGAAGAUAUCAUUAAAUUUGCUAACUUAAGAUUUCAUUUAAAAUGUAUAUCUUAAAAAUCCAUGGCCAUAUUUGAGAGGCGAUUCGAUCCACAAUUGAUUAAAGUUGAUGACACACAUGAAAUUAAGUGUAUUAUUGAAACGGCACAGGAAAUAAAUGGACAUACGGAGUACCUUUUACGUUUACAACGUGGAAUUAUAAAAAAACAUACUUGGAGAAUAUUAAGACGAUACAAUGACUUUGCAGAACUACAUAAAUAUCUUUCCAUCUCUGGUCUCGAGCUACCGUUGCCCGGCAAACGAUUGUUUGGUAAUAUGCGCCCAGACUUUAUAGCUGAACGAAGACAAGCAUUGCAAGUUUACAUCAACACAGUACUAAUGAAUCCUAUAUUAGCUUCGUCGCUACCGGCGAAACGUUUUGUUGAUCCGGACAGUUAUUCGCAAUCAUUUCAUGAUCAAGCUGUUCAGAAUGCUUUAUUGUGUUUGCGAAAUGAAAGCUCCUGGACGUUAGGUUCAACUAUGGGAGCAAUUGGUUGGCGGUUAAGAAAACAUUACUUCAAGGCUUUGUCAAAGCCGCCAGAUUGUAAAUCUAGCAAUAAGUUGUUAGUAAAAAGUAGUUCACAAUCACAUAAUCAAUCUAAACAUCAUUUCAACUCAAGUGGUGCAUCCAGCUCCAGCAAUGAACACCAAUCUUCCUUGCAUUCUGGACAACACCACGAAGUUGAUGAGUUGGUUAUUGAAUGGAUGGAAUUUGGCCCUGACAAAUAUGUAGAAGAUAAGGAAUUGGCAGGAAUAUUAAAAAGCCUAAUAAAUCUGCAGCACCCUCACAUUGAAUCAAUUGUUUAUGCAGGACACAAUGAAAACGGUUGCUUAGUAAUUAGAAAAUUUCACAAGCACGGUACUCUUAAGGACAUUCUAUGUAUGGCUACACCCAAACUUCCUUUUCUCAGUAAAUAUAGCAAUCCGAAGGGGCGGACUGCCCUUUCGAUGAAACAAGUAGCCACGUAUGGUAAACAAAUAUUAGAAGCACUUAUAUUUUUGCAUUCUAAAGGCUAUCCAUAUGGCCACUUGCACUCGGGUAAUAUAAUAAUAAUAGAUGAUUGUGUACGACUACUGGAUAUUGAAAAUUUUAUACUUGGAGUGCCGUCUUUUUAUCGUCCAUUUUUUGUGCAACAUAGUAAAAUACAUAAACCGGAAGCAAUUGAUGUCUAUUGCUUCGGUCAUGUACUGUUUGAAAUGACAAUGGGUUAUCCAUUACAAGAAUCAGUCGUUAGACAAAUAACAGAUUGUCCAGAAAGUUUGAAACAUCUUCUGGAGAGUAUUUUAUCCAAAGAUGCUUGCAAAACUGGUCUCCCAACUCUAGAACAACUGAUAAAACAUGAAUUUUUCAGUGAACACGCUUUGACUACGGAAAUCCAAGAAGCUAUGUCAUAUUUUAAAAUUUCUUUAAAUGCAAAGGAAAUUAUUAAACAGGCGGUACAGAAAGCUGAAAAUCGUUUGCGAGAUGAACAAAAAUCUGUUAAAAAUCAAAAGCGCAUUGUUCGAGUGCAAGAGCUGAUGAGUUCGGAAGAAGAAAAACGAAAAUCAAAACAAAAAGCGAAACAUGAUUAUAAGCAAUCAAAGCUUAAGCAGCAGAGUUCGUUACAGAAUAACAACGGUAAAAUUUCAUUAGCAACCGCAACAGGUGGCAAUUCUGCAACUGAAUCAUUAGAAGGUACAUCUAAUCAAUUCAGCCGUGUGAAUAGUGUGCAUCUGGCGAAUUUUUCCCAAGAAACUAACAUGUCUCUGAAAUCUCCUCCCACAACGCCUUCUGUAUAUCAAAAAACCAAUGAAUGUCAAAGUCACCAAAAUUCCCAACAGCUGCGACAAACUUCUUCCCUGGCUAGUGUUGAUAGACAAUCAUCGUCACCGAAUAUUACAUCAGACACACAAUGUGGCAACGAAGUUGAAAGAUCUGCUCUGCUGGAAUCUAUUUGCAAAUUUAAUCGUGGCUCAUUACGCAAAGUUCGUUCCAAUGAUUAACACUAAAAUGUACUCACACUCUUCUGUAUUGGCCCAAUAAAAAAUCGUAGCCAAUACAGUUUGAAAGAAUUGGACCAAAAAAGGCUAUAUAAUAGCACAACCCCAUUAUUUUUAGUUCAAAAAAAAAAUCAAUUUUUAUAAAGCACAAAAUAAACAAAAACAUAUACUAAAUCACUGACGUAAAAUAUAAAACAAUAUUCGUGUAACUAAAUGUUUUUAGAUGUAAACAUAAUUUAAUGUAUGUCCAGAAUAUCUAUUCUUGUAUGUAUUAUUCUCGCAAAUACAAAAUAUUUAGUUUUAAUUUAUUUGUGUGUAUAUAUGUAUGUAUGUGUCAAACUAUAUUCAAACACAAUUAUAGACAAUGUUAGUAUAAAUAAUAAAAAUAAUAAAAACAAACAAAAUAAAUCAGUAUUACAAUUAAGCAAAACAACGCCAUUUAUUGCACUUUGUAUAUCAAUGUUUAUUUAAAAUGUGAUUUAUUGUAUUGUAUGAAUUUAUGUGCAUCUACUCUAGCCAUUACACAGAUUUUAUAUACAUACUUACUUACUUAAUUACCUAUCAUUGAAAUCUAUCUCCUUAGGCAAAAUUCAAAAUUCACUAUACACAUAGUACUCUAAGUUUAAAAAAGCUUUAAUACAAUUUAUACCAAUUGUAAUUUUUGGAUUAUGAUUUUGUUUUGUUACUAUAUACUCGUAAAUAAUUGUAUGUAUGUAUAUGUAUUUUAUUUAAAAAAAAAAGUCACAUUUUUUAUAUUUCAAUUCUAUUUUAUACAACAAUUUAAAAGAAAAAAAUAACAAACACUUUACAUGUUUAUUACACAUUUACAUACCUUAAAAAUAAAAUACAGUGUGAACUUAUACUUACAAACAUAUGUAUAUUGAACUAAAUUAUGUAACAUUAUAUUUGCACACGAUCUAUUCGUCGUCUAUCGUAAAAUAUCUAUAUUUUUAUGGGAAAUUUUAUUUCAUUUAAAAUUAACUAAAAAAAAAUCGUCCAGAAAGCAAUUUUUAUGAAAACCACAAUUUUUUUAUAUUAAAUGUUGACGUAAACUCUCAACUGGGCAUUAAACCAAAGAUUUUUGUUUUUAUAUAUUCUGAUACUUCGUAACUCUACCAAUGUCUUUCCAACAUAAGAUAAUAAUGUCAAAUGAUUUCUCUAUCAUACUGAUGUUGUUUGGCACGAGAUGUGUGUCUACGAUAUUAUUAUUUUAAUUUUGGAAAACUGCUACAGAUUUCUUUAGUAUUUUUACCCAUAUGAUAUAAUUUAUUUUAAUUUCAUUUUUAUGUAUAUUUCCUAUGAAAACAUUAUACUAUAAUAAAAAUAUUAAAAUAAAUAUGUGUUACAAAGUA